AUGUUACAACGCCCUGGUGAGAGUAAUCCUUGGGAACCAAAUCGCAGAGGACCAAAUCCCCAACAACAUGAUGCUCCAAAUGCAGAACCACGAGAAGCCCCCAAUUACUUCCGUGCAGGUAGAUUCUAUUGUGUUGAAACUAUCUGCACACCUUGUGGUGUUGUUAUUGCUUGGACAAAGUUUGAUAAAUCAGAAUCACCAACAAAUAUUUUAAACUUCCUAGGAAAAGUUUAUCCAACAGAAGAAUCAAGACCUGAUUAUAUUUGUAUUGAUAAAGGUUGUCAAGUGUUUGCAACUGCAGUAGCAAAUGGAAGUUGGGAUAUUUGGAAAAAAACUACUCGAUUUAUUGUGGAUGCCUACCACUAUAUCAAUCAUCGGGUGUUAGAUUUUCUAUGCCGAAAAUAUUGUAAUCCCUCACCUGGAGAUGGAUCUGCUCCAAACCUUGUAGUCAUGGCAUAUGAUAAGAAUGGUAGAGCAUAUUUGAAGCGAGCAUUCAAUACACAGGUUUGUGAACAACUUAAUGCAUGGCUUUGUGGAUAUCAAUCAAUUCUCAAACGUAUGACACCUGGAAAUUUCAACUGGUUUUUACACACCAUGCUGUUCUAUCACACAAAGUAUGUCCUCCACAAACAAGAGAUGAAGAAAUCAGAUGAAGAUGAGGAGGAAAACUUAGGUUUAGAUGAAGAAGCUCAAGAUGAUGAGGACAACUAA